ACUCUCCGGAAAGUGUGACGACACGCCUCCGUCAUGACGCCGGCGCGAGUGCGGAAGCGAGUGAGUUGAGUUUCCCCACAUGGCGAAAAUGGCUGCGAACGGGGAAAAACAACAGGGCCACAGACCCGGCAUAUACAAACAGAAAAAUAAGGCCCACAAAAAUGGCAGGCACCGGACGAAAGGUGAAAUCGAGAGAGAUAACAAAGGGAGAGUGUCAGUGACGGCCCUUACCAAAAAACAGAGGAAGGAGCAAAAGAAGAUGGACAGAAGGCACAAAGCCAACCAGCUGCGCCAGAAUAAAAAAGACAUGGUCCUCACAGAAAAGCGACGGCUCGGUAGCAGGGACGGUCCCCCUCAUUUGGUCGCUGUGGUGUCCCUCCAUGCUUCGGUCGACGCCGGCGCUAUCACCAAACUGCUACGUGGGGAGGAUGCUGGAGGCAUCGUGCAUCAGGAGCGAUGCGUCACUGGCAUCAGUGACAGUUUUGGGAUGAUUCUUCCUCGUUUUAAGCAAAGGUUCAUGUUUGUAAGCCAGAGCACAGCUGACAUGCACUCCCUGCUGGAUGUCGCCAAGAUUGCAGACAGCCUUGUGUUUGUGCUGGACUCGACUGAAGCCUGGGACAGCUAUGGAGAGUACUGUCUCUCCUGCCUUUUUGCCCAGGGCCUCCCAAGCCAUGCACUGGUGUGUCAGGGUGUGUCUGAUCUUCCUGUGAAGAAGAGGGUCGAGUCCAGGAGAGCCCUGUCAAAGAUCACUGAGAUCCGUUUUCCUGAUGCCCGUCUCUUCCCUUUGGAUUCAGAGCAGGAUGCCACUCUUCUUCUAAGACACCUUGGCACUCAGAGACAGAGAAAGCUUGGUUUCCGCUCCAGACGUUCCCAUCUUUUGGCUCAGCAUGUCACUUUCACACCCAACAGCCCUGCUGAGGGGACAGGCGGUGGACCCACAGGGCUGGGGACCCUCUGUGUCUCCGGGUACGUCCGCGGCCGUCCUCUACGGGUUGACAGACUGGUGCACAUCAGUGGACAUGGAGACUUUCAGCUCAGUCAGAUUGAUGCUCCAUCAGACCCUCUGCCCCUCAACUUAACAGCAGCCAGACCAGCAAAGUCCAGCAAGACAGGAGACAUUGACAUGAUGGAUGGAGGCGAAGGUGAGGCUCCGGUGCGGAUGCUCAUGAAAGCGGAUCCAAAAUCCAGAGAGAGUUUGCAGGCCGAGGCCGAGGUCGACCCCAUGGAUGGAGAGCAGACGUGGCCGACAGAAACAGAGCUGCUGGAAGCCGAAGAGGCCAGGAAGAACAAACGUGUGAUGAAGGUCCCAAAAGGAACAUCAGACUACCAGGCUACGUGGAUUGUUGAUGAGGACGGGGAGGAGAAUGGAGACAUGGAUGAAGAAAGCAGUGAUAAUGAUGAUGACGAUGACAUGUUGGAUGAGGCCAUGGAGGGAGAAGAUGAAGAGACUAACUCUCAGGAGCCAGGUUCAGGCUGUGCCUCAGAGGAAGAAGAGGAGGAGGAAGAGGAGGAGGAAGAGCUGUGCACCACAGGGCGAACUGGAGCAGAUCAACGCUAUGAUGAGCACAUUGACGAAGCUGCGGAAGAAGAGGGUCUGAAACGCUACCGUGAAGCUCGAGCCAAUGAAAUGUUUCCCGAUGAGGUGGACACGCCCCUCGACGUGGCAGCCAGAAUCAGGUUCCAGCGCUACAGAGGCCUAAAAAGUUUCCGCGCCUCGCCCUGGGACCCCAUGGAGAACCUGCCUCUCAACUACUCGCGUAUCUUCCAGUUCCAGAGCUUUGAACGCACUCGCCGCCACAUCCUGGCCGAGGCUGCAGCUGAGGAAGAGGGAGCCAUGGUCGGCUGGUAUGUUACGCUUCACAUCAUCGAUGUGCCUUUUUCUGUGAUGGAGAGUGUGCAGUCAGGCAGACCUCUGACUCUGGUGUCUCUGUUGCCUCAUGAACAGAAGAUGUCAGUGAUGCACUUGUUGGUGAGGAGACACCCCAGUAAUACAGAGCCGAUCAAAUCCAAAGAGGAGCUGGUGUUCCACUGUGGAUUCCGGAGGUUCCGAGCUUCUCCGAUCUUCUCUCAGCACACCUCAGCUGACAAACACAAGAUGGAGCGCUUCCUCAGGCCAGACGCCCCCACUGUGGUGUCCGUGUACGCUCCAAUCACCUUCAACCCAGCGGGAGUCCUGCUCUUCAAACAAAGGAAUGAUGGCAUCCAGGACCUUGUGGCUACAGGCAGUCUGCUCAGCUGUGACCCUCAGCGUGUCGUGCUUAAGAGGAUUGUGCUGAGCGGACACCCGUUCAAGAUUAACCGGCGUUCUGCUGUCGUUCGUUACAUGUUCUUUAACAGAGAUGACAUCAUGUGGUUCAAGCCAGUGGAGCUGCGAACAAAGUGGGGUCGGAGAGGCCACAUCAAGGAGGCUUUAGGAACUCACGGUCACAUGAAGUGUGUGUUUGAUAACCAGCUGCGCUCUCAAGACACAAUCUUGAUGAAUUUGUACAAGAGAGUGUAUCCUCGCUGGACGUACGACCCCUACGUGUCGCUGCCUUUACCGUGGGUCAAGAGAGAGAUCACUGUGGAGAUGGAUGACUUGGACAUGGAGUAGUGGAGGGACAAAAGACAGACUUUACAUCAAUGUGAUCACAUGACAUUUUCAAAAAGUGUAAUGUGUAUUAAUUAAAACUAUUUAGAUCAAAAGUAUCCCAUGUCUAAUUGUUCAUCUUGGGCAGGGCUGCUUGUGUGUUUGGCUCACCAUGUUUCUAAUGCGAAAUGAAUUUAAAAAAACAAACUAUACUAUAAA